AUGUACGGCGGCAACGGUGAUUCCAAGGAGGACACAAAGACUCUGUAUUUUUUUACCCGUCGCAGAAGAUUGAGUUUCAAUUCCAAGAGGUUCUAUCGGAAGAGCCCUAGAUUCGAACCACCUGCUCCUCAGACCUCCUCCUCCUCUGUUCCUGCUCAGAGCUCCUCCACUAUUAUUGAAAAGACCAAAAAGAGGAAGACCCAACCCGGAGGGAAGCCUGAACCCAAAAAGCAGAAAAAGAAGGUAGAGCUGCAUAUGGAACCACAGGGCACCACUGAUGAUGAUUAUGGUAAUUCAUCAUCAAUUACACAUUGUUCGACUGACAAUGGUACAUUUGAUCUCCCCACCUCUUUCUCCGAUCAAAUUCUUGAAGGUGCAUUGAACGAAUUCUCUUAUUCUUGUCUUCCUGAUGAUAUUAUUGAUAUUGAAGGAGUAUUCGGUGGUAAUGAUACAAUGUUGUUGUGUCAAGAUAAUAGUCUCAUCUCUCCUCUUGAUCAAUGGUUAGAUAGUCUGUAGCUAAAGUGUUUCUAUCGGUAGCUUCAUGUUCCUUAUAGUUAUCUAGAUGCACAAAAUAUGGUGUGUGGUUCAAACCCUUCCUUCAGCCUAGCACACAACCCUGUAAGGUUGAACUCCAAGUUUGAAAGAUAGAUAACUGGUUGGUAGCUUUUUGUUAGCCAGUCACACAGGUGAUGCUGGAAGUAAAAGAUGUGUUUACUACUCGACAUGUUUUUCUGCAAGACUUCUGCUUUACUCUUUAUCUAGAAUCUUUUAAGAUCCAGUCGUGGUUAGCUUUCAAGUUCUUCUACCAAACAGACUUAUUUUAUGAGUACAUGAAUCUAUUUUUUUAUAUUUAGUUUUAGCUUUAGAGUUGAGCUGCAAUAGUGGCAGAACUAAUGAUCCGGAAGAUCUUGUUUUAUUAGUUUGUUGCUGACAACAUCAUGCAUAGUUUUGUGGUUUUUCAACUGAAGUUUCUGUUAACUAUUGGGGUUCAACUAGAAGGGAAAUUUGCGUGCUGAUGUCUUAGUUAUUAGUGGUAGUUGUCAAGCUUCAAUUAAUCCCGACAUUCAUCGGUCAAUGGAGUAUAAAAGAUCAGUCUCUCCCCCUCUUUCAAUGUCCUUGCUAUGAUUCUUGCUGCUGGAGAUAGACACAUAGCUCUAUUUCAGGAUGGUCUAUUAUUUAACGG